AUGGAGAGAUGCCGUGAUCUAAUCCCGAAUUGUUCGACCCGAGAGGCCAGCGAAGGCCUCACCCUCCGAGUGGCCGAAGCCUUGGCGAGACAUGUGGAGGAGAUACAUGACAAAAGGGUGGCGGCUGAUGUCGACCUGGUGGCCAGUGCUCUGGUUGCCCACCUGGAAGGCGUCACUGCGCGGCGCGCUGCGGACGCUGUGGCGAAGGCUGAAGAAGCCGGCCGGCAGCCUGAAGAAGCAGGCCCCGACUUGCAGGAGGCCGUCGUCGAAGAGCACGAGGAUGUUGACAGCUUGCACAGCGAUGCAGUGAACAUGGAGACCGUCGCAAGCGUCCUGGCGAGCCUUCUGGGACUGCCUCAAGAUGAGUCUCCUAGAAGUGAGAGCAUCCAAGAGCACGAGGCAGUUGACAGCGAGCACACGGACGACGCAAAUGUCCAGGCGGUGGCGGAAGUGCUGGCCGGUCUCGUCGCCGCAGCUGACCUGGGCUCCUUUGCGGGAGUGCAGGCAGGAAGCUGCGCUCCCCCCGCAGCCCCAGAGAGCUCUCUCAAGACCCAGUGUUUUCGCCUGAAUUCAAGAAGCUUUACGUGA